AUGGCUACCGCAGCCUCACAACAAUCACCUUCAGUGGUGCGAAGUCACUCAUCUUCUCGCAAUCCUCCCUCCUCUUAUACUCCGACUUCUCCUGCUCAACCAUCUCGAGCUCGUUCGACAAAUCAGAGACCCACUCACCAUCAACGUUCAGGAUCGUCCAAUACCAACACCCUUCCCCAUGUCGCUCGGAGGGAUUUUGAACAGUCAAACCUCGCUCGACAGCCCUCCAGUUCCCGUCGAAGUUCUCGUGAUGGUAGAGGCGAGUCAAACGAAGGUCGAACAUCCUCUCGGCCGGGAUCGAGACGUGGUAGUCAAGAUUUCUCAGCGCCGGUACCGACUCCAUCAGUAGCCAACGGGACCUCCCCCCAUCCACCCCCAAGUGCCAGAUCAGAAAGUGACAGGCAUCCUGCUCAGACAUAUCCGACAGCUGGUCGUAGGAGAACCUCAAUCACUGCACAGACUGGUACAUGGUCAUUGGGGAAGACUAUCGGUCAGGGGAGUAUGGGCAAAGUGAAGCUGGCCAGAAACAUCGAAACUGGUGAACAAGCUGCAAUCAAGAUUGUGCCCAGGCAAACCGCCGAUGAACAUGGAAAUAUCAAGGAUGAACGUGCGGACCGAUCCAAGGAGAUAAGGACUGCGAGAGAAGCAGCCAUGGUCUCACUUCUCUCUCAUCCCUAUAUAUGCGGAAUGAUCGAUGUCCAGCGAACCAAUUAUCACUGGUACAUGCUCUUCGAGUAUGUCAAUGGCGGACAGAUGUUGGAUUAUAUUAUUGCCCACGGUCGAUUAAAAGAAAAGCAGGCGAGGAAGUUCGCACGCCAAAUUGCAAGUGCUCUUGACUAUUGUCAUCGCAACAGCAUUGUCCACCGAGAUUUGAAGAUCGAAAACAUCCUCAUUAGCAAGACUGGCGACAUCAAAAUCAUUGAUUUUGGGCUGAGCAAUCUUUACUCACCCCGUAGCUUGUUGAAGACUUUCUGUGGAAGUCUGUACUUUGCCGCCCCAGAACUCCUCCAAGCCCGUCAAUAUACUGGCCCGGAAGUGGAUAUCUGGAGUUUCGGAAUCGUCUUGUACGUCCUCGUCUGCGGAAAGGUGCCUUUCGAUGAUCAAAGCAUGCCACAAUUGCACGCCAAGAUCAAACGUGGUGUCGUUGACUAUCCCCAAUGGCUUACAGCCGAAUGCAAGAGCAUAAUAUCGAAAAUGCUGGUGGUCGACCCCCGUGAUCGCGCUACUCUGCAAGAGAUCAUGAAUCACCCAUGGAUGACGAAGGGUUUCAACAGCCCACCAGACAACUGUCUCCCACAACGAGAGCCACUUACGCUGCCUUUGGAUCCCGAAGUGGUGGAAAAGAUGCAAGGUUUCGAUUUUGGGUCAGCGGCAUACAUCACUGAGCAGCUCACUCGGACCAUUGAAUCCGAGGAGUACCAGACUGCAAUUCGAAGGUCUACUCGGGAUGAAUACAGCCACAAUUCCAUUAGUGCGGAAAAGAAGCGUGGCGUCUUUGACUUCUACCGACGGAGAAAUUCAAUCAGUCGAGAAGGUCUUACAACUCCCUCAGCUGAGCAGGUUCGAGGAUUUGAUCCGCUGAACGCUUAUAGCCCACUUAUCUCUGUUUACUAUCUGGCACGCGAAAAGAGAGACCGUGAGAGGAGGGAUCAGAAUCCGGGCGCAUUGUCUCUACCGGUGACCCCGGGCGAAAAACCGCUCCCAGUGCCUGGUCUUCCAUCCCCCGAAGCUGCACAUACCAACACAUUUGCUCCAGAAAUGCCUGGCGAGAAAGCCACGGGUGGUCGAGCUAGACCAAGAGCACGCACUAACGGUGAAGAUGAUGUGGUGCAUGGCAUCAGAAAUGUCGAAAUUGCCGACAGACGAGCUGGGCCGGGUGGCCAUUCACCCCAAAUUCCACCCCCGGAACAGCCCCAGAAGAAAGAGGGCACUGCGUUAGGAUUGCUGAGACGUUUCAGUACGAGGAGAUACCGCGGCGAGCGAGACUCGGAGCGAACUGUUCCACCCGCUCUCAAUAUUCAACCUCCACAAGACUCAGCUGCAUCUCCCCGAAAGUCAUUCUCUGUUAGGCGUUCCCGUACUCGACGAGAUCCAAGUCCCUCCACCCACCACGCUGGAGGAAGUCAACCCCAGCAUGAGGGUCUACUCAGUGCCAGUGGAGGAUUUGGCAAAGCAAACAAAUUUCUGGGUAGGUCUACCAGUGUCAACUCGGCCGACUAUCGACCAAGGAGACUGUUACAACGGGGUGCGACUGGCAAUGACUCACCACUGCUGGCACCCGAGCCACCUGCCACAAGUGGAUCGGACCAGUCAAGCGUCAAUAACGCGGGCAGGGCGGAGAAGGGUGUGGAACUGCAAGAUCGACCUGCGGCCAACGCAAGUCCUCAUGUCACACCUCGCACCCCCAAUUCAGCUCGCACCAAGUCCUUGGGACACGCGCGGCAGGAAAGCAUUCAGGCUCGAAGAAAGCGACAUGAAGAGCGGCGAGAUCGUGAGGCUAAUGUCCCUGAGGAAACGGAUGCAGAUAUGCGAGACGAUACCGAUGCAUUAAAUACACCGGCUCUUCAUGACACGCCAAAUCAAGACAUUUCCCGACCUGCCGGGCUCAAGGGAUUGUUCUCCACAUCCACCACCAGCAGUAAAGCUCCACAGUUUAUUCGGCAAGAUAUUAUUCGGGUUCUGAACCAACUGGGCGUACAGUAUACGGUCAUCAAAGGGGGAUUCUCUUGUCGACAUGCGCCGAGCAUCAACCUCGAAGGGGUAAAAGAACCAGCCGAUGAAGAACGAAGUGGACGGGUUGUGUCAGGACACCAAAGACGUAUCUCUUUCGGAGGGGCAUUCCGUGGCAAGGAUCGUGAGGACAUUAGAGAUGACCGAGAAAGAGAUCGAGAAAGACUGACCAAACACCGCCGAAGACAGCCCGAUCAAAGUUUUGUCACCAACUCUGAAGGGUCUGAUGAAUAUCUCCAGCAUGGACGAAAUGCCAACAACGAACCAGGAAAUGAUGGUGGAGCGACUCGCACACGGGUUCAGGAUGAUACGGGUGAGCGGCUGGUUCUCAAGUUUGAAAUUGGGAUUGUGAAGAUUCCUCUCCUCUCAUUACAUGGAAUUCAAUUCAAGAAGGUUCAAGGUGGAAUGAAUCAAUACCGAUCGAUGACAUCGGCCAUUCUGAACUCAUUGCGGCUGUAA